CAAGAGUUUCUGCUAUCAGGCAUUUGAAAGUUGUGUUUAGAUUUUGAGAAGAAACUCUGAAGCUCACCCAUGAAAAGCACAGUGCUUUAAUGGCUGCUAGCACCCUCUUUCUCUCAUCCGCCCUUCCCAAGCCUUCAUAUUUUCUGUUCUACCCUUUUCAUUCUCCCCCCUCUUCUCCUCUUUGCUUACCCCCACAUUUGCGUUCUUACAAGUUCCGCAAGUUCAACUGCUGCCUCGCCGUCAAAAGUUCAAAUGAUGAAGCCACUAGCAGCGCCGGAACUGAAAAUCGUGCUCCGGACAGCCUCCGGGUGGUAUUCGCGGCAGGCGGCACGGGUGGGCAUAUUAUUCCAGCGAUUGCCAUAGCGGACGAGCUCAAACUCACCAACCCCACCUCUAAAAUUCUAUUUAUUGGCUGCCCCGACAGCAUGGAGAGCGCCGGAAUUUCUUCUGCGGGGUUCAACUUCUCUCCUAUCCGAGCCGUUCAGUUAGUCCAGCCCUUUAUAUCCCCGCGGAACCUCUUCCUCCCCUACCGUCUGAUUAAAUCCAUCUUCAAAAGCUACAAACUUUUGCAGGACUUUAAGCCCCAUAUUGUCAUUGGCACUGGCGGGUAUGUUUCUUUUCCUGUUUGCGUAGCCGCAGCCCUGAUGAAGAUCAAGGUCGUAAUCCAAGAACAGAAUUCUGUGCCGGGUAUUGCGAAUUGGAUUCUUUCUUUCUUCGCUGAUGUGGUGUUUGUGGCGUUUAAUUCCACCAUUGAGUGUUUUCCUAGAAAGGAAAAAUGCUUGGUGUGUGGGAAUCCGGUCAGGUUGUCCUUGAGGGGGUGUGUUCCAAAGGCGGAGGCUAGGCUUAAUUUCUUUCCUAGGUUGAAAAAGAUGGAGGACUCGGGCGGAGUGAAAGUGGUGUUGGUGCUUGGAGGAUCUUUGGGGGCUAAUGCUAUUAAUAUUGCUUUGUUGAAUUUGUACUACCAAAUGCUGUUGGAGCACAAGAACUGGUUCAUUAUAUGGCAAACAGGGGUUGAGUCAUUCAAUGAGAUGGAGAGCCUUGUUAAGAACCACACGCAGCUACUUUUGACUCCGUUUCUGCAUUCCAUGGAUUUGGCAUAUGCAGCUGCAGACCUCAUUGUCUCACGGGCCGGUGCAAUGACAUGUUCUGAGAUCUUGGCCACAGGGAAACCUUCUAUUCUGAUUCCAUCACCAAAUGCUGAAGAGGGACAUCAGUUCAGAAAUGCUUCUCUGAUGGCAGAUGUUGCGGGUUCAAGGGUUAUAACUGAAGAUGAGCUAGAUUCAACAACACUUGGAACUGCUAUUGAAGAACUUUUAGGGAAUGAGAGUUUGAUGGCAGACAUGUCUGAGAGAGCCCUAAAAGCUGCAAAACCUGAUGCCUCUGCAGAGAUAGCAAAACACAUUAUUUCUCUAGUCAACUAAUAGCAGAAAAGGAGAAACAGCUAUACAAUCCAUUGAGAAUUUUUUUCCCCUUCAUGUUAGAUGAACCUGGCUCAAGGUUUCUCCCUCAAAGAGAAAGCUGAAGAGCAUAAUGGACGUGAGGAUUGAGGGUCAUUACUCACCCAAGGCAGCACGUCAGCAUCAGACCUAGCUUUGACAUGUCUGGAGCUAGUAGACUCUAAUUAAGGAACGUCCUCUCACGAGAGGACUCUGAGGACGGCUCUGGCUGCGUCCCCAUACUCGCCUCCUCCAUAAGUGUUAUAGUUAGCAGUUCAUCCAUGUCCAAAACUUUCUGGCACAAACUCACCGCCCUUCAUCACCUACCCGUGCAUUAAGUA